AAGUAAAAACAAACAGAAAUCUCCCAAAAAAAAAAAAAUGAAACCACCAUCUUUAAAAACCCAACCCAUCAACCUAAACAACCAAAUACAACAACAACAAUAAUAAUAAUUGAAGAAGCUACGAGAAGUGUUCAGCUUUGUGUUGUGCCUUAUUAUAUUUGGGUAUUAAACCUUUUUUACUGGUUUUGAUGGCUAAUAUUACAGAAAAGUCUGAGAAAGAAACUGAGUUUUACUUCGAAAAUGAGGAUGAUGACGACGAUGACAGAAGUGAAGAAAACGACAUUGAAGGUAGAGGCAGUAGUGACAGUGAUGAUGACGACGAUGACGAUGAAGGAGAACAACCUAACGAUGAUGAAUAUUUCUCCUCUCAUCAAUGGCCUCAGAGUUACAAGGAAACAAUUGAUUCUCACAUAAUAUCUCCAAACUUUGGAAAUCUUGAACAUGUUCGGAGUAUUAUAUAUUCAAGCUUUGGCGGUCAUAGUAAAGCUAGUUUAGAUUCCGAAAAUAGGCUUCCUCUGCUGUCUGAUCGAAUUUCUCAAAAGGAUGACUCUGGUAGGAUCUCAAGAACACCAUCAUCAUGGUCAGAUAAAACUCAAGUAAAUAAGCAGCUGACUGGUGAAUUACCAAUUGGUCAGGGAUGCAGCUUCACUCAAACUGUCUUUAAUGGAAUUAAUGUAAUGGCUGGUGUUGGGCUGCUCUCUACCCCGUUUACAGUGAAAGAAGCUGGCUGGGCAAGUUUGGUAGUGCUAGUUCUUUUUGCUGUUGUUUGCUGUUAUACGGCCUCUCUUAUGAGGUACUGCUUUGAGAGCAAAGAAGGCAUUAUAACAUACCCUGAUUUAGGAGAAGCUGCAUUCGGAAAAUAUGGGCGUUUGAUCUUAUCGAUCUUUUUGUACACGGAAUUAUAUUCUUAUUGUGUGGAGUUUAUAAUUUUGGAAGGAGAUAAUCUUACCAGGCUGUUCCCUGGAACAUCCUUCAAUUGGGCUGGUUUGCAGCUGGACUCUGCACACUUCUUUGGAAUAUUAACUGCUCUGAUUGUUCUGCCAACCGUUUGGUUGAGGGAUCUUCGUCUGAUUUCAUACCUUUCAGCUGGUGGGGUGGUUGCAACAAUUUUGAUUGUUCUGUGUGUAUUUUUAGUUGGGACUGAUGAUGCAAUUGGGUUCCAUGAAACUGGUGAAGUAGUGAAAUGGAAAGGCAUUCCAUUUGCCGUUGGUGUUUAUGGUUUUUGCUAUUCUGGUCAUUCUGUGUUUCCUAACAUCUACCAGUCUAUGGCAGAUAAAAAGAAAUUUAGUCAGGCACUGAUAAUCUGUUUUCUGUUGUGCGUUCUAUUUUACGGAAGUGUUGCAGUCAUGGGAUUUCUGAUGUUUGGUGAAAGUACGCUGUCUCAGAUAACUCUGAAUAUGCCAAGAGACUCGAUCAUCUCUAAUGUUGCAUUGUGGACGACGGUUAUCAACCCAUUCACUAAGUAUGCUCUCUUAUUGAAUCCAUUGGCAAGGAGUAUCGAGGAGCUAUUGCCUCCAAGAGUUUCAAACAGUCCCGGGUGUUACAUUCUUCUCAGGACAGCACUUGUUGCUUCCUCCGUUUGUGCUGCCUUCCUUCUUCCUUUCUUUGGUCUUGUUAUGGCGUUAAUAGGUUCUCUCCUCAGUAUACUAGUGGCCAUUAUAAUGCCAGCAUUAUGUUUUGUGAAGAUCAUGGGGAAAAAAGCUACAACUUUUCAGAUUGUUUCAAGUGUCGCGAUUGCGGGUUUAGGCAUCGUCUGUGCGAUCAUGGGAACAUAUUCUUCACUGUUACAGAUUGUGAAGAGCUACUGAAACAUUUCAAUAAGCUCUCUUAUAUUGUUGAUUUAGAGAAUAGAAAUUAGCUUUCUAUAUGCUCUAUAUUAUUAUUAUUAUUAUUUCAUCUUCCUCUGGGAAUGUUAAAAAGAAAAAGAAAAAGUCACGGUUACUAAUAAAUAAAAGAAAAGAUUUUGUGGUUUAAA